AUGGCCAUGGCGGCUCAACCUCCAGCAGCAAGGACGCGGCGAGGUUGGUUAGCAAGAUUAUUAUGGCCUGAGGAUCAAGAAGCAGCGGCUGCGGGAUUCAACGUGCGUGCAAUGUUCAGUAUCAAGGACGUCACACUGACAGUAACACAGAGGCCACAAGAUUAUGACCGAGCCAUCACAGCAAUAUUACACCGCGUCGAUGGAGCCCACGCCCCGUUCAAGUGGCGAGUGUUCCUCGUGGCAGCGUUGGGUUUCUUGUACGCUAGAUUUGCCAACCGAGUUGCUGAUGCUGAUGCUGAUGCUGAUACUCCUGCUAGAACGGACAGCUACAAUCUCUUCGCAUCCAAUGUCGUCCUCCCGGCGCUUUCAUUCGUCUAUUGGGACUAUCCCGGCCACAAGUUCGAGGCUGGAUUCAACAUUGCAACACUGUCUGGCUCCAUACUCGGACAGAUCAUCUUCGGGAUCGCGGUAGACAUCUACGGCAGACGAUCUCUAUAUGGCAUAGAGCUGCUCAUCGUGAUUGUAGCGACGGUGGGGCUGAUGCAGACCAGUCAAGGCCUGGUUGACCCAGUCUCUGGGGAGCAUACGUGGAACAUCACGCCAUGGCUUUACUUUUGGAGAGUCGUUAUGGGACUUGGAAUAGGGGCCGAAUAUCCUUUAUCAGCUUGCAUCGCUGCUGAGUGGUCAUCUACCAAAACUCGAGGUCGGAUGAUGGCUGCGGUUUUCCUGAUGCAACCUUUCGGACAGCUCCUCGCUUAUGGCGUAGGACUUGGCGCUCUACACAGCCUCGACAGUAGCCGGAUCUCGAUCGAUAAAUUCUGGCGUAUAGUGAUCGGGGUUGGCGCUGCACCUACUCUGCUCGCACUGCUAUUUCGACGGAAUAUACCGGAAAGCUGGAGGUAUACUUACUUUGUGCGAAAGUCGCCGGCGAAAGCUUCGAAUGAUCUGGCAGACGUCUAUGGCAGAGGUCGAUCUGGUACUAACUCCGUGGAGCUUCGCGAGCGUGUUGCACAGGUGUCCUUGCCAGAAGCUGAGAGACUACUUACGCACCCAGCCCCAACUAUUGCCAACGGCGGCGGAAACGGCGAUACCAGGCCUCCGCCACCGGUUCAACCGCCGCUGCGUAGCAGCGUUCUAGCGGCACCUGGCAGCCAGUUCAAGUGGAGUGAGAUCAAAGCAUACCUAGGCAAGGACAAGAAUUGGGCACGAUUACUGGGUACAUCGUUCUGCUGGUUUGUCUUGGAUGUCGCCUUCUACGGCAUGGGCUUCAAUUCGCCAGGACAGAUCGCAAAACUCUUCGCCAGCCAGCAUGUCCAGUUCAAUAACGAUGCACCAUGGUGGCAGACCAACUCUGCUGUCGUCAAUUUGACCUCGCUCGGCAUUAUCAAUGGCACGUAUGCAGAUGGUACUACCGCCGACUUUACCAUCAAGGAAAUACUAAAGACGAACAUGACCCACGGCAUAUUCAUCACCAGCAUCGCAGCGAUUGCUGGAUCACUGGUAUUCGUCGGCACUGUGCAUCUACUGAAUCGAAGACUGAUGCUCAUCGCAACGUUCUUCACCCUUGCUGGACUACUGGCGCUGACAUCUGGUCUGUUCAAGGUGCUGUUCCAGGAUGGUGCCAACUAUUCGACGCCGCAGCCAGGCGGGCAUGUUGGACUGAUACUGCUAUGGGCUGUGAUGCAGUUCCUCUUUGCAUUUGGCCCCAACACCUUGACAUUCAUUAUGCCAGCCGAGAUGUUUGCAACACGAUAUCGAUGCACGUUUUAUGGCAUAGCCGCAGCAUCAGGCAAGCUCGGUGCUGUGGUUGUGCAGGUCGCGAUAUGGUAUAUUCCGCAGGGACCCAACGUAUGGGUCAGCCUGCAGUCUCUGUUAGCAGCAUUCUCUGUUUGCAUGGCGCUUGGAGGCCUGGUGGCUUUAUCGGUCCAUGCUAUACCAGAUGUACAAAAUGGCUUCGAAAACAAGAGUUUGGAGGAAUUGUCAGAUGAUAAGGAAUUUGUACAAUGGCCGAAAUCGUCUGGUGAAGUUUGA